AUGGGGUCGAAGCGCGAUUCCGCCCAGUGUGCGAGGGCUUUUGACAUACAGGCUGCAGGCGACGACAUCCGAGGGCACAAGCGCCAAGUGCUUCGUGAUCGUCCCAAAGAUGUUCAAAAAUGUCGGUUAGUAGCUCUGUUGGGAGGUGAAGCAAGGACAUUCCUCGACUUUGAGAGAGGAAAUAGAAUGAAACUGGCAAACUUGAAAACUGCAAUUUGAAGAGUCGGAGUAUCAACGCCAAGACAACAGAAAAUUCAGUCGGGAACCGCCAUCAAAAUGCCAUCCCGGAUCCGUCUUCCGCAAUAGCGACAUU